UCUCCGUCUCGGCAUGGACCAAUUCACAGGUGAACCCCCUCAGCAGGCAUUUACCUGCCGGCUGUGCAGCAUGACAACCCCGUUCACUUACUACGGCCAGAAACCACCCAACACAAGAGCCAUUGUGUUGCUUGAGGAGUGUUUCGUGACCAAGGACCCGUUCAGCUCAGAAAAGGAGAAGUUCCUUGUUUUGGGGUCUACGUGUAGCCUGUGCAAUAUCCCUGUUUGUGUGGGAACGGAAUGCAGUCUGUUCUACACGAAGAGGUUCUGCAUGCAGUGUGUGAAAAAGCACCUGGACCAAUUCCCUCGUCAGAUUCAGACUGAGCUGGCCAAAAGGAAGCAAGCCUCCAAGACUGCGCCCUCAUGACACGUGUGUGCUGGGCUGGAAGUUUCGACGUGGGGAGCCCCAGUCAAUGCAAAGGCAGAAUAACACCCCUCCUUUCCAGAAGUGAGAUUUUCUAUUCACACUGGCACUGUGGUGACUAUGGUGAGCUGUCGCCACCUUUUGGUUUUCUGUUGGGACACUGAGCACAUCCGGUUUGUGUAGGAAAGCAACAUGCAGAAAGAAACCAGCUUUGGGCCAGUGAGCAAGUACCGGUCGUGUUUUGUUGCCUUAUAAUCAUGUUUCUGUUAUACCCAUACAGAAUCAAACCAAUAACUUGAUGGAGGGGAGAGCAUUGAAUAUAUGUAGGUUGACUAUGGGGCAGAUGAGGGUGCCUUCAAGGUAGGAAACUAUCAUCAGCUACCAACAAAAUGUUGGUAAGAUUUGGUGGGAGUUAGUAUCUAUGUGUGGCUUUUGAUGCAGCCAUAGUAGCAGGUAGUUUUGGAAACUCAACAGCCCUGUCAAGUUAGUGUGCCACCCAGUCGGUGGUGUUUAUUUAUUAUAUGUUUAUUAUUGGUAAGGUGUUUCCCCUAGAGUUAUUUCUAGUGAUGGGCAGGAGUCAUUAUUUCCAUUGCUUUUUCAUUUCCGUCCUAGCCCUAGAAUCACUUCCAGGACCUGUAGCAGUUAAAAAAAAGAUACUUGAGUUAAUUUUAAGUCAAUUUUAUUUGAGUAGUCCGAUAUCACAAAUUACAAAUUUGCCUCAGGGGGCUUUACAGCAGCACAACAUCCUGUCCUUAGAUCCUCACAUCGAAUACUUGAUUGCACUAUUAUAUAUAUGGACAACAGUAUUUAGUUGCUCUGUUGGAAACGUUUUUUUUU